AUGGCCAACUCAUCUCAGCCCACGGUGGUGCCUCUGGGCCCUGAGAGCCUGCGCCCCUUCACCCGGGAGUCCCAGGCAGCCAUAGAACGGCGGGUGAUGGAGGAGGAGGCCCGGAAGCAGCGGAACAAGCAGAUGGAGACUGAGGAGCCCGAACAGAGGCCGUGCAGUGACCUGGAGGCUGGCAGGAGCCUGCCCCUUGUCUAUGGGGACCCCCCGCCGGAGGUCAUUGGCAUCCCCCUGGAGGACCUGGAUCCCUACUACAGUGACAAGAAGACCUUCAUCGUGCUCAACAAGGGCAAGGCCAUCUUCCGCUUCUCCGCCACACCUGCUCUCUACCUGCUGAGCCCCUUUAGCACCCUCAGACGCUGCGCCAUCAAGGUGCUCAUCCACUCGCUGUUCAGCAUGUUCAUCAUGAUCACCAUCUUGACCAACUGCGUGUUCAUGACCAUGAGCGACCCGCCUUCCUGGUCUAAGCAUGUGGAGUACACCUUCACAGGGAUCUACACCUUUGAGUCCCUCAUCAAGAUCCUGGCCCGAGGCUUUUGCAUCGAAGACUUCACAUUCCUCCGGGACCCCUGGAACUGGCUGGACUUCAGCGUCAUCAUGAUGGCGUACCUGACGGAGUUUGUGGACUUGGGCAACAUCUCAGCCCUGAGAACCUUCCGGGUGCUGCGGGCCCUGAAAACCAUCACAGUCAUCCCAGGGCUGAAGACCAUUGUGGGAGCCCUGAUCCAGUCAGUGAAAAAGCUGGCAGAUGUGAUGAUCCUCACCGUCUUCUGCCUGAGCGUCUUUGCCCUGGUGGGGCUGCAGCUCUUCAUGGGAAACCUGCGGCAGAAGUGUGUGCGCUGGCCCCCACCCUUCAAUGACACCAACACCACGUGGUACGGCAAUGACACCUGGUACGGCAAUGACACCUGGUACGGCAAUGACACCUGGAACAGCCAGGAGAGCUGGGCCAGCAACAUUACCUUUGACUGGGAUGCCUACAUCAAUGACGAAGGGAACUUCUAUUUCCUGGAAGGCUCCAAUGACGCCCUGCUCUGUGGGAACAGCAGCGACGCUGGGCGCUGCCCUGAGGGUUACAAGUGCAUCAAGGCCGGGCGGAACCCCAACUAUGGCUACACCAGCUAUGACACCUUCAGCUGGGCCUUCCUGGCUCUCUUCCGCCUCAUGACACAGGACUAUUGGGAGAACCUCUUCCAGCUGACCCUUCGAGCAGCCGGCAAGACCUACAUGAUCUUCUUCGUGGUCAUCAUCUUCCUGGGCUCCUUCUAUCUCAUCAACCUGAUCCUGGCAGUGGUGGCCAUGGCAUACGCUGAGCAGAAUGAGGCCACCUUGGCCGAGAAUCAGGAGAAAGAAGAAGAGUUUCAGCAGAUGCUGGAGAAAUUCAAAAAGCAGCAGGAAGAGGUAGGGAAGGCCAAGACCGCUCAGGGGCUGGAAGGUAGGGAGGCAGACGAGGACCCAGCCCACGGCAAAGACUGCAACGGCAGCCUGGACACAUCGGCGGGGGAGAAGGGGCCCCCAAGACCCAGCUGCAGUGCAGACAGCGGCAUCUCAGAUGCUAUGGAAGAGCUGGAAGAGGCCCACCAGAAGUGCCCACCAUGGUGGUACAAGUGUUCCCAGAAAGUGCUCAUAUGGAACUGCUGCGCCCCGUGGAUGAAGUUCAAGAACAUCAUCCACUUGAUCGUCAUGGACCCCUUCGUGGACCUGGGCAUCACCAUCUGCAUUGUGCUCAACACCCUCUUCAUGGCCAUGGAGCACUACCCCAUGACGGAGCGAUUUGACAGAGUGCUCAACGUGGGCAACCUGGUCUUCACAGGCAUCUUCACAGCAGAGAUGGUGCUGAAGCUCAUCGCCCUGGACCCCUAUGAGUACUUCCAGCAGGGCUGGAACAUCUUCGACAGUAUCAUCGUCACCCUCAGCCUGGUGGAACUGGGUCUGGCCAACGUGCAGGGGCUGUCGGUGCUCCGUUCCUUCCGUCUGCUGCGGGUCUUCAAGCUGGCCAAGUCGUGGCCAACAUUGAACAUGCUCAUCAAGAUCAUCGGCAACUCGGUGGGGGCACUGGGCAACCUGACGCUGGUGCUGGCCAUCAUUGUGUUCAUCUUCGCCGUGGUGGGCAUGCAGCUGUUCGGCAAGAGCUACAAGGAGUGCGUGUGCAAGAUUGCCGCGGACUGCACCCUGCCCCGCUGGCACAUGCACGACUUCUUCCACUCCUUCCUCAUCGUCUUCCGCAUCCUGUGCGGGGAGUGGAUCGAGACCAUGUGGGACUGCAUGGAGGUGGCCGGCCAGGCCAUGUGCCUCACCGUCUUCCUCAUGGUCAUGGUCAUCGGCAACCUGGUGGUCCUGAACCUCUUCUUGGCCCUGCUGCUCAGCUCCUUCAGCGCGGACAGCCUGGCGGCCUCGGACGAGGAUGGCGAGAUGAACAACCUGCAGAUCGCCAUCAUGCGCAUCAAGUGGGGCAUCGGCUUCGCCAAAGCCUUCCUCGUGGGGCUGCUGCAUGGCAAGAUCCUGAGCCCCAAGGUUAUCAUGCUCAGCCUCGGGGGGAUUGGGGAGGCUGGCGAGGCCGGCGAGGCUGGGGAAAGCGUCUCAGAAGACGAGAAGAAGGAGCUACCGCCCGAGGAGGAUGAAAACAAGGACCUCAAGAAGGACAAUCAUAUCCUGAACCACAUGGGCCUGGCUGACGGCCCUCCCCCGAGCAUUGAGCUGGACCACCUCAACUUCAUCAACAACCCCUACCUGACCAUCCACGUGCCCAUUGCCUCCGAGGAGUCUGACCUGGAGAUGCCCACAGAGGAGGAAACGGACACCUUCUCGGAGCCUGAGGAUGGCAAGAAGCCGCUGCAGCCCCUCGACGGGAACUCCUCCGUCUGCAGCACUGCUGACUACAAGCCCCCCGAGGAGGACCCCGAGGAACAGGCCGAGGAGAGCCCUGAGGGGGAGCAGCCUGAGGAGUGCUUCACCGAGGCCUGUGUGCAGCGCUUUCCCUGCCUCUACGUGGACAUCUCCCAGGGCCGAGGGAAGAUGUGGUGGACCCUCCGCAGGGCCUGCUUCAAGAUCGUUGAGCACAACUGGUUUGAGACCUUCAUUGUCUUCAUGAUCCUACUCAGCAGUGGGGCCUUGGCCUUCGAGGACAUACACAUCGAGCAGCGGCGAGUCAUCCGGACCAUCCUGGAAUACGCCGACAAGGUCUUCACCUACGUCUUCAUCAUGGAGAUGCUGCUCAAGUGGGUGGCCUAUGGCUUCAAGGUGUACUUUACCAACGCCUGGUGCUGGCUCGACUUCCUCAUCGUGGAUGUCUCCAUCAUCAGCCUGGUGGCCAACUGGCUGGGCUACUCGGAGCUGGGACCCAUCAAAUCCCUUCGGACGCUCAGGGCUCUGCGUCCCCUGAGGGCACUGUCUAGAUUCGAGGGCAUGAGGGUGGUGGUGAACGCCCUCCUGGGAGCCAUCCCCUCCAUCAUGAACGUGCUGCUCGUCUGCCUCAUCUUCUGGCUCAUCUUCAGCAUCAUGGGCGUCAACCUGUUUGCCGGCAAGUUCUACUACUGCGUGAACACCACCACCUCCGAGAGGUUCGACAUCUCCGAGGUCAACAACAAGUCCGAGUGCGAGAGCCUGAUGCACACGGGCCAGGUCCGCUGGCUCAACGUCAAGGUCAACUACGACAACGUGGGUCUGGGCUACCUCUCCCUCCUGCAGGUGGCCACCUUCAAGGGCUGGAUGGACAUCAUGUAUGCAGCCGUGGACUCCCGGGAGAAGGAGGAACAGCCCCAGUACGAGGUGAACAUCUACAUGUACCUCUAUUUCGUCAUCUUCAUCAUCUUCGGCUCCUUCUUCACCCUGAACCUCUUCAUUGGCGUCAUCAUCGACAACUUCAACCAGCAGAAGAAGAAGUUUGGAGGGAAAGACCUCUUCAUGACAGAGGAACAGAAGAAAUACUAUAACGCCAUGAAGAAGCUUGGCUCCAAGAAGCCUCAGAAGCCAAUUCCCCGGCCCCAGAACAAGAUCCAGGGCAUGGUGUACGACCUGGUGAUGAAGCAGGCGUUCGACAUCACGAUCAUGAUGCUCAUCUGCCUCAACAUGGUCACCAUGAUGGUGGAGACAGAUGACCAGAGCCAGCUCAAGGUGGACAUCCUCUACAACAUCAACAUGGUCUUCAUCAUCAUCUUCUCGGGCGAGUGCAUGCUCAAGAUGUUGGCCCUGCGCCAGUACUACUUCACCAUCGGCUGGAAUAUCUUCGACUUUGUGGUCGUCAUCCUGUCCAUUGUGGGCCUCGCACUCUCUGACCUGAUCCAGAAAUACUUCGUGUCACCCACGCUGUUCCGUGUCAUCCGCCUGGCGCGGAUCGGGCGCGUCCUACGGCUGAUCCGAGGGGCCAAGGGCAUCAGGACGCUGCUCUUUGCUCUCAUGAUGUCACUGCCCGCGCUCUUCAACAUCGGCCUGCUCCUCUUCCUGGUCAUGUUCAUUUACUCCAUCUUCGGCAUGUCCAACUUCGCUUACGUCAAGAAGGAGUCAGGCAUCGACGACAUGUUUAACUUUGAGACCUUCGGCAACAGCAUCAUCUGCCUCUUUGAGAUCACCACGUCAGCCGGCUGGGAUGGGCUUCUCAACCCCAUCCUCAACAGUGGGCCCCCCGACUGUGAUCCCACGCUGGAGAACCCGGGCACCAACGUCAAGGGUGACUGCGGCAACCCCUCCAUCGGCAUCUGCUUCUUCUGCAGCUACAUCAUCAUCUCCUUCCUCAUCGUGGUCAACAUGUACAUUGCCAUCAUCCUGGAGAACUUCAACGUGGCCACGGAGGAGAGCAGUGAGCCUCUCGGGGAGGAUGACUUCGAGAUGUUCUACGAGAUGUGGGAGAAGUUUGACCCCGACGCCACGCAGUUCAUCGACUACAGCCGCCUCUCCGACUUCGUGGACACCCUGCAGGAGCCGCUGAGGAUCGCCAAGCCCAACAAGAUCAAGCUCAUCACACUGGACCUGCCCAUGGUGCCAGGGGACAAGAUCCACUGCCUGGACAUCCUCUUUGCCCUGACCAAAGAGGUCCUGGGAGACUCUGGGGAGAUGGAUGCCCUCAAGGAGACCAUGGAGGAGAAGUUCAUGGCUGCCAACCCAUCCAAGGUCUCCUACGAGCCCAUCACAACCACCCUCAAGAGGAAGCACGAGGAAGUGUGCGCCAUCAAGAUCCAGAGGGCCUACCGCCGGCACCUGCUGCAGCGCUCCGUGAAGCAGGCUUCCUACAUGUACCGCCACAGUCAGGACAGCAGCGGGGAUGCAGCACCCGAGAAGGAGGGGCUGAUUGCUGACACCAUGAACAAGAUGUAUGGCCCUGAGAACGGGAACAGCGGUUUGCAGAGCAAGGGGGAGUGGAGGGGCUCGACAUGGGGCCCCAGACCUGCCACGGGGCUCCUGUCCAUCAGACCCGCAGACACAGCCCUCCCUCCCGCCCCACCCCCGGGGCCGACGGUGCGCCCAGGGGUCAAAGAGUCUCUUGUCUAG